AUGGAUGGCCAUAGCGACACAUUUUCAUCCGGGUCGUCCAGAGCAGGAUCCUUGAAGCAAGGGUUCGGCCCCGCACACGUUCUAGAUCCGCAGCCCGAUUAUGAGCACACGCACACGGCAGUGAUGCUGCAUGGCCGGGGAAGCGGGGCGGAAGAGUUUGCGGAGGAGUUGAUGGUGUCGCUGCUGUCUGAUGGGCGAAGUCUGCGUGAGGCGUUGCCGGGGUGGCGGUGGGUGUUUCCGUCGUCGCGGGAGCUCUGGAGCGCGACGUUCGAGGAGUACAUGCCGGCCUGGUUCGAGGCGCACUCGCUGACGGACCCUGAAGCGCGGCAGGAUCUGCAGACGGCGGGAAUUGAGGAGUCGGUCAACUACGUGCGGAGCGUGCUGGAGGAAGAGAGGUCGAGGGUGGGCGGCCGAGCUGAGAGGCUGGUGUUGGGGGGCAUUAGCCAAGGAGGAGCUAUCGGCAUCUGGACGCUGCUAUGCGAGGGCGACCUGGGGAGAGGACCAGGUGGCUUUGUGGGUAGCAGCACCUGGGUCCCGUUUGGGGAUAACCUGGAGAGAAUCUUGGGGUCAUCUGCGUCUGCGUCUGUGGCGGCUUCGGCGGGAGGUGUUGGUGUUGUUGAAGAGUUUGUGAAAUCAUGCGCUGGCGACGACUCUCACACCCUCACGACAUCGAAGGAUGCCACUGCGUACGACCCAUUUGUCCGCAGAAUGAUUGCCUCGGACGAUGGGAAACCGAGAGCUUCCCCUUCUGGAAUUGCUGUGCUUCUCGGACACGGACUGGACGAUGCGUACGUGGACGUUAAGCUGGGACGGCAAGCGGCGCGGGUUCUAUUGCGGGCGGGACAUGGCGUUGACUGGAGGGAGUACUCAGGCGCCGAACAGGAGGGUCACUGGUUCCAGGUUCCUAAUCAGAUGGAUCACAUUUGCGAUUUUCUGCGCGGGUUUGAGGAGCAGUGA